AUGGCCCGAGGGAUGUUAGGGAAACCACGCUCGCCGCCACAGACGCAGGGUAUUUCCCAGCCGCGGUUGAGAUAUACAGAUGCACUGCCGAGAAGUGACCUGCGGGACAUUGACCGCGGCGUCAGUUACAGCCGCCCAAUCCACCAGCCCGUCAAAGGCGCGCAAUACUCCAACACAUCACAGGGACGCGAUAUAAGCAGAGCCACGAAUGCUCCUCCCUCCGGCUUCGAUUUCCACCUUACUGCACCUCCAAAUGAACCAUUGCGUACGUCGGAUACGCCCCUUGGAGUGGAUGAGGCGAUGAUUGGCAUUGCCCUAGGAAGCCCGCGGUUGUUGGAACCACGUAACAUGCCAUCUCAAAAACAACGACUCCCACCACCGACACCUCCGGACGAUGAGAGUCCUCCUUCGGCGUUACAGCGGAAGUCGAGCAAAUGGAGGAAGAUUGGGGGCCUGUUCAAAGCAAAGAACGCCCUUGCUUCGAACGCAAACACCACUAAACCAUUUUACCAGGUUCGCGCUCCGAACGACAAUCCGCAGCAGGGUUCUACUCAUUCGGUAGACUACAAGUCUCGGCGGAGGCCUGGUACCAAGACUGGGCCUAUUGAGAAUACAGAAGUAUGGCCGUGUCUUGUUUCGGAAAAUGAAGCUUUAGCUCACAAGCAAGACUCCUCCAAGCCGAAAGUUCCUGGGUCGUUUCUCCAGGUUGAAAUCCCGCAAGUAGAAAUGGAAAGGUACAGCGUGAUGUUUGGUGGUCUUCUAAACAACAAUCGGCCCUCGCUGUUGGAUAGACGAAGCAAGACACUAGACAAUGUGACCAUUCCUGGUAGAGGGUCACCUCCCCCGCUGGGCCCGCCGCAACGACGAGCCACCUCCCCAGCACCCUCAAGAUCCCCCAAUUUUACCCUGUUCCCGACAAUGCCAUCUAGUAAAGCUUCGAAAGUUCUAGGGACCCAGAACCUACCCCAAGCUCCAAAUUAUUUACGCAGACCUCAGACGUCUCCGGAAGACGCACCUCACAAAAGGCUAUCAGACGAAAAGAACCAACGCACACUCACACCAGACAACCGAUCUCAAACGCAAGCAUCCCACCGGCCGCAGGCCUCCGUCACAUCGUUUCUCUCUGCGACCUCAAUCGGGUCCGACGAUGAACCAUUGCUCAUCCACAAAGUCGAACCAGUCCGCACCUACGCCGGUAUGAAAGAACCAAACUGGGAUAUCAUCAACCGCAAAGCAACCUCCGACAACCCAAAGGAACUCACUGUCAACACACGAGAACUCCGCUCGGACUCAAAUAGCACCACCGGCUCAAUCGGCACAGCCAAAUCCUCCCCGAUCUUGUCGCCAUUAGUCUCCUCUCGCCCCGUCGUAUCACCCUCAGCCAACGAGACCGCCCUCUUUCCCCCACCACGGACAACAUCCCGACGUGAAAAUGUAUCAAUUCCAACGAUUGAAGUCUCCGUUGCGCGCUCCGUCUCCGUGUCAAAGGGCAAAAAGCAGGUUAUUGUCCCGGUUAAGCCGAGGGCCAAUCAGUGGAACUCUAGCAACGAGAGACUCGUCGCGAGGCAGGCCAAAACGCCGACGGUUACGAAUCCGCAAUACGGCCAUAGGCCGGGCCUUUCGCAGGACGUGCGUAUUGAGACGGCAUGA